CUUGUCUUGCCUUGACCGCUUGCCGCUCGGCCUGCACAUAGUUGGCGUCGCCGUCGCCGUCCCCGACAUCCCACUUCAACUCUGCAACACCACCCAACUCUCUUUACCGCAUCUACCGCGACACCGCACCACCCACCCACCUACCACCCACACACAUACACACCAGCCAUGGCUCUCAAGCGCAUCAACAAGGAGCUCACAGACCUCGGCCGUGACCCUCCCUCUUCUUGUUCAGCUGGCCCCAUCGGAGAUGAUCUGUUCCACUGGCAAGCAACCAUCAUGGGUCCUGGCGACUCACCAUAUUCCGGCGGUGUCUUCUUCCUCGCGAUCCACUUCCCGACCGACUACCCCUUCAAGCCCCCAAAGGUCAACUUCACCACCCGCAUCUACCACCCCAACAUCAACUCCAACGGCAGCAUCUGCUUGGACAUUCUGCGAGACCAGUGGAGCCCUGCUCUAACCAUCUCAAAGGUGCUGCUGAGUAUCUGCUCGAUGUUGACAGACCCCAACCCCGACGACCCGCUUGUCCCCGAGAUUGCACAUGUGUACAAGACGGACCGGUCCCGUUACGAAUCGACGGCACGCGAGUGGACCAGGAAGUACGCCAUCUAAGCACGAGAGGAGUCAGCGGAAGUGGUGGAGCAUAUUUUUGACCGGAUCUGCUAUGGGAUACAACGAGCGCAAGGGAGGAGGAUAGUCAUCAAGAACACAUACCUUUCAUGGCAUGAUGGUUGACGGGAGUUUUCUGUUCUACGACAUGCAUGCUGGAUGGGUUUCAUAGUACUUGCUAUCAUCACACUUGGCAGAACAGGCUCAUUUUUCUU